AAAUGGUGGUGCAUACAGAGGGAAGGGUGUGCCAGUCAAAGAGCCACAUGUUCAAGGGUGGAUGCUGGGGUGACCACAACUGUGCUCUAGUUUGCCGGAACGAGGGCUUUUCCGGUGGCCGCUGCCGCGGGUUUCGCCGCCGCUGCUUUUGCACUAAGCUUUGUUAAUUAAUUACUUCAACCGGUUAUGGAAUAUAAUAUAAUAAUAAUUUGGAUGCAAAUAAACUUGUUAAUUAGUUGUUCUACUCAUCCUUUUGAAGGGAGGGGUAGCUAGCUAGCUUGCUCUGUAUGAUGUGCAUGUCUUUCAGUUAAUUAUUGAAGCAAAUAAUUAAUCAGUGGCAGCUAUAUGAUUUUAAUUUUGUUA